AUGUCAUCGCCAGGCGCCCCCGAGGAUACCUCCGCUGGCGAUGCGGCUUUGCCCAACCCCAGCACCACCGAAGGCGGCGAUGUCGACGUAGACACCGAAAUGGCCGACACCAACCUCAACACUUCGACGACCGCCAACGGCGUGUCCGCCUCAAACCCAGAUCCAGACUUGCAAGAUUCACAACCACCGGCCACUGCGGCGCAACAGAACCGCAAAGAUGCAACAUUACGAGAAUUCCUCAGCAAGAUGGACGAUUACGCACCUAUCAUCCCCGACGCAGUAACAGCUCACUACCUGACUCUCGCUGGCCUGCCGCCCCCAUCACCCGCCGACCCCACCGGCGCCAGCACAAACACGACACCCCUACCUCUUGCGCGACUCCUGGGCCUCGCGACCCAGAAGUUCAUCGCCGACAUCGCCGCCGAUGCGUAUCAGUUCAGUCGCAUUCGCGCCGGCGGAUCGGCGUCCAACACUAAUGCGCUCAGCAACGCUGCUGUAGGGUCAGGCGGCCCAGCGGGCGGUGUCGGCGGUGGUGCUGGAGGAGGAGGCAAGAGCGCGCAGAAUACAUCGCUGGGUGUGCAGCGGAGCGGGUUUGGUGGUGGUGGGACUGGAGGUAGUGGGCAGGGCAAGACGGUAUUGACGAUGGAGGAUCUCGGAAUGGCGGUGCAGGAGUAUGGUGUGAAUGUCAAGAGGGGUGAAUUCUAUCGGUAA